UUUACAAGUAAAGAGGGAGCACACCCAGUAGCCUAUUACAGUCAUCGCAACGAGGAAAUAUAGAUAUUAUUAGCUAGAUUUAUAAACGAGAAGUAUAUAUUUUUAUCGCAUUCUCUCACAUUUUCUAAUGCCCUUUUGUAUUAUUUCUUCGGAGAAACAUCCAUGGACACCGAUCAAUUUCAUCCAUACCUGGACUUACAAUGAACAUGUUUUGUUAAAUUUAAAUCCAUUAUCUGGGGAUUACGUCAAGGAUCUGACGUUGGAAAUUCAACUACAGCAAUCGAAAAAUGGUGACGAUGGAGCAUCUUAUCACUGGCCUACGGAAUAACCAGCGACACGCAGUGUGAAUUUAGCGUUUGUCAGAUGGUUCCAGAGGAAGAAGCGUUACCUUAAAGUAGGAUCACACACCAGAGGAGCAGGCCUCGCCCAGGUGGAGGACAGACCUCGGGGGUGUUCUCUUCCUUCUCUCAUCCAAAGGCUGUUUGCUAAUUACUCUGAACUCUCCCUGCGUCUUAUCCUCCUUUCUUCUUCUUUUUUCUCAUCAUCCAGAUUUUUUUUAACCUUAAUUUGCACUGAUUCUUUUUUUCCUCUCUCCCCUUUCUUCCCUCGUUUUGUUUCAAGCGAGACCAAAACCAGUGCCAAAUAGACUGUGCCAAGAACAAAGCAAAAAAAAAAAAAAACAAGAUUUAAAAAAAAUCACAAACUCACACUUUUCACAUCCCCCCUCCCCCUCAGGUGUCUGCAGAGCUAGAUUCAGCGAGAGGUCACAGUGUGUUCCUGUUAGAUAUCAAAGCCCUUACACUUUUUCUUGGUCUUUCUCCCCCAACACACACAGACAACACUCCAUUCAUUAGUGUUCUACGCAGUAGCUGCUGCUAAGGCUUUCACAAACAGAGAGCACCGCUUUAAAUUUCAAAGUGCUUUUUUAAAAGGAUCGGGUCCGAGAGAGGGCUGGUGCUUGCGUAGCGCGGUGCCGAGCGCCGGGAGGAGACUGGUGAGCAGCGAUACUCCUGAACGUGCCCCACGGCAGAACACCGAGCACACGGCUCCUCCGUUGACUGGUCCGCUUGAUGGAUGAGCAACACAAUCCACAUAGAAGGAGAUAGAUAGACCGGCUGCUACGAACGUUUCUUCAUCUCCCUCCCUUUGGUUUUCCUCUCUUCCUCUACCUCUCUCUCUCUCUUUCUCUCUGAGGAAUCUGUGUAGCAUCCCUUCCCUGUGUAUAGUGCAUGCGAUCAUGCUCCAGUGAACAUUCGGAAAAGCCCCUUUUUCCAUUUCAUUUACAGUGAAAGUAUUGUUGCAAAUGAUAGUCAACAGUUUUGCUCUUCCUUUUUACCCCUCUCAGUACACGGAACAUUAACCCUACAUAUGGCCAUGCAGUUUAUCUGUGGAAGAGACCACUCAUGAAAACAUACAUUUAUAAGCCAUAGUAACACACCAGCCAUAUUAAAACCAAACACUUAAAAAUGUAUAAAAUCCCAUCAGUGAAGUGAAGUGUAGACGCAUAUGCAUUUAACAAUUUCUAAAUGUUUUUUUUGGUAAACUAAUGUUUUUUUAAUGUAAUUACAAUAUCACGGAUAUUAUAAAAUAUUAUAUUGUUUUAUUUAUAUAAAUUGAGAUUAUCGAAUAGAUUACAUACAUACUCUAUUCUGCUUGCGAAGUGAUAGUUUUAGUGUUCACAUCAUUCAACCUUAUCUUCUGUAUUGACGAAUGAAUCCAGACAUUUUCAUGUCUGUUCUCUGGGCGGAACCGCCCUGUCCUGCUAGAACUGGGCCCAAGCCCACUUUUGUCCUGUUCUGUUGGGCCAAACUAAACUCAGAACAAAGACACUCACGCAAAGGCUGCAGACGCACAUAGAGCCCUUUCUGUCUCCCCUUCUCCUUUCCUCCUUCCAUCCCCGAUCCAGACGCUCUCCCCUUUUCUCAAUCUAUCUGUGUUUUUUACCAUCUCCGACUGCCUUGAGCCAUUUCACUCACCACUUGGUUGCAAUCAGUUUUUAUUUUUGAUAGCUCAGUUAGGCAUGACCUGUGUUGUCCUUCAUGUCUCAAACUUAAAUGCUGCUUGGUACAGUAACCAGUACCCUCAUAUUCCUGACCAGACCUGGUGACGAGUCUUGUCCUACAGACACCUCCCAUAUAUUGCUCUAAUCGUCCUAUUACAUUCACUUCUUAGGAUUCCUAUUUCUCCAACGACAACUCGCUCUACUGAUCUUUGAUAGUUAUUUUGAGAGUGAACAGUAGCGGGAUAAAGUAACCCUAGCGUGCUACUUGUAACAUAUAUCGACAUAAAUAGUGCCAAUCUUGUGUCAGCACUACUCCCUAAUUAGUUUACAACCUGAAGAAGGGAGACAGUAUCAAAUGCUGCGAAGACAAGUGUUUACAACUCAGAUAAAGCUCUAAGAAUUAAGUCUUACAAUUUAAAUAGUUUUCCCUAUAGUUUUCCCAAAAUACGUUUACAGGUCAAAACUUACAAAGGUUAUGACUAAAGUGCCAAUUUAGUCUCAAUACUUUUAUCUAAAGGUAAAAUUUUAAACACAGAAACAAAGUUUACAUGCAAAAGUAAGUGUUUACGGGAUACAUUUUACAUUGAAUUAACUCCAUUUCAGUCACCCUCCACCCCCCCUCCCCUUAAAAAAAACAAUACAUUUCUUUCACCUUUCUCGGUCAUUGAAAGGUGUUAAAGUUUACACUUUCUCAUUUGUUUACAAGACAAUACUGCCUAGUAAAAGAAAGCCAAUACUUGCCGUGAUAGAAUUCAGGUCAGCAGAGAGAAAACAAGCAUUACUGUUCCAUACAAGUACUAUCAUUCCAUAAAUAUGACUUUGUCAAUGUGUGUUUACAAUACAGAGCCACACAUAUCCCAUUUACAUCACUGUUAAACCCUUAUCAUUCCAUGGUUGAAGAGUUUCUUAAGAUUCUUCUCAAAUAGUGCUUUUAUCAGAGUAACCAUAACCCAGGCUGUCAAUCUGAGCACCUACAAUUUUUAGUCCUAAAAACAAAUAUAUGAACCUCAGUGUUUACAUAAGCUGCUUGUAAGGAUGGAUUUUUACUGAACGCUUGAGAGAUAUGUUUACAUUAUAAGACCUUAUAGUGAAAUGCCAAACACACAGUGCUUGUAUAAACUCAACCAACUGAACUGCAAGUAGAAAGAUUCACACUUGCAUAUGUAUGGUCAAAGAACACUCCUUUGAGGUUGAGGUUGCUUUUUAGAAGUUGUACCCUUGACAAAAGAAGCUUUUUUUAUAUUGUUACACUUACAUAAGUGGUAUUUAAAGAAGAAACAACACAGUGCAUCUUGGUAUCAAGACAUUUCGCUAAGAUCUUCAAAGAUUUUGCGACAGACACGGUUGUAUUUAUUUUUUGUUUUAUAUCGGCCCAGACUCUUAGAAAAUGAGGCCCUCAUUGUACACCAAGAUGUUUUGCACCUCUAUCAUACUUCUCCUUUCUGGCCUUUCCGUCUCCGGUGCAACCAUCACCACUGAACGGCGUGCUGCCGACAAGGAUUCCGCCAGUACAUCCCUCUUCCUCCUCACUGGUUUCCGAGGCAAACCAUUACCGCCUCCCCCGGCAGGGCCGAAAACAGCACCCAAGGAGGCCGAGGUUGAGGACGAAGGAAUGCAAAAGGGGGAGGAGUUACCACCUAAGCCCCUCCCCCAAGUCAUGCUCCCCCAGAACAUGACGGCCGAGGAUGCCCUGAAGCCGCCGUGGGGCGCUGCUCAGGUGGCUCCGCCCCCACGGCGUCUGGUGGAUGUGGAUGUGUGCAGGGGCUACUACGACGUGAUGGGCCAGUUCGACAACACGUUCACCUGCGCCAAGGACACGUACAUCUACUGCUGUGGGACCUGCCACUACCGCUUCUGCUGUGAGCACCAACGCAGCCGUCUGGACCAGGAGUCCUGCAACAACUAUAUCUCCCCAGUCUGGGCCAACACCCAGAUGCCGGGCUCGGUGGCACCAGGGAACCGGCCCGACCCGUAUCUGAAGACCCUGCAGCAGCAAAGCAACAGCACCGCUUACGUGAUUGGAGGGGUGAUCUCCUUCACCCUGUUGCUGGCGGUGGGGAUCAGGGUGGCCUUCUCCAAGGUGUCACGUAGGCCCCGGAAUAGGGACAUCAACAUGCCCAGAGCCCUGGUGGAUAUUCUACGACACCAGUCCAGCCCGGUCCAGCCUGGCGAGAGGAACAACAGCAAUGUUGUGACCACCUCCACCUCAGACGCGACACUGGGCCGCCCUCCUAAGAACCUCUACACCCCCGUCAUCCCGACCAAGGACAACCGCAUUGGCAACUUGCACCAAAAUUUUAUCCAGGUGUCUGGUACCAGCCCAAAACAUACGGCUACUAUCGAACGUGUGCCCCGCAUGAACAACAACCAGCUGGCCUCCAGUGGAGGGAGCACUCUCAUCUCCAGCAAGCUGAAGAACAGCAUCAGCUCUGGGCCCGGCGCCGUCCCAGGUCCCGGCCUGUACUCCCACCCCCACCCCUCCUUCUCCCACUCCUUCCACAACCUGGCCCAGCUGCCGCCCUCCUACGACGCAGUCAUGAAACCUGAGAUCAACCGCUACAGCUCUCUGAAGAGGCUUGAAAAAGAUCUAGAUGACUACUCGGGCUACUACACUUCCAAACGGAGACCCAACAAUGCCCCUCCUUCCUUUCACUCUUCCCAGCACCACCUCCACUGGGGGGGAGACUACACCCUGGGAGCCCGCGGGACACUCCCCCACCACAGCUCUCGUCCCAGGAUCCACAUCCCCAUCUCCACCCCCAACCCCUACCCCCUCCCUGCCCAGUCUCAGCCCCAGUACAGCGCCACCUUCGACAGGCCACCUCGUCGGGUCAUGUCCCAGGACCAGCUCCUGGCCCUGGGGGAGGGUAACACUCUCUCCAGGCUGUCUAAGAACCAGCAGCAUCAGUAUUACAAAGCCAUGACCACCAGCAAGACCUCCCAAACACUGCGCAAGUCCCAGGAACGUCUGCUGGUCUCCCCAGACCGACUGGAGGAGAGGAUGCUCGGUAUGGGCGACUUUGCGGGCAUGAUGCCCACCAUGCCACGUCUCACGCACCACCAGAAGGCCCAGUCAACGCAAAACGUGUGCGCCACGCCCUCCCUGGAUCGCCACCACAUGAUCAAGAUGAACUCGCACCCCACAUCAGGACAUGAGCACGAGAGGCACACGACAACGAUGAUGAGCGGGCCUGGGGGGGGAGGCUGGGGGGAUCCCCACGGACAUGGGGCGGGUUUGGGGAGCAGUGGAGCGGGGACGACCGGGGGCCACAAUGCCCGAAGGAUGGCCUUCGCUAGCAAGAGGCAGAACACCAUCGAACAGCUGCACUUCAUCCCAGGGGGAGGAGGAGGGGGGCAGGGACUGAGGACGGCGAGUAAGAAUGAGGUGACCGUGUGAACUCAAGGGCGACAGGGAGAAAGAGAGAAAUGGAGAAGGAGAAAUGGAGAUGAGGAAUGUCCAAGCCGAAGACAUGAAGUCGGAAGAUGUGUCUAACUCAACAUGAUGCGGAAAACGAGUACAAGAGGCCUCGACCGGAGAGAAAUGGUCAAACUGGUGAAAGUCACAAAGAAGAAGGUUCAUCCCAACAAACAGCCUCAGAUGAGUCCAUGGAAAUUUCAAGCAAAAGAGAAGACAGGCUCAGAGGAGACCUGACCACUGUUAGAAGUGCUUUGAAGGAAAGCAACCGCAAAGACAGUGACAUUGUUUAAAGAAAUUAUUCAACCCCAGUGUUUCUAUUGGUGUUAUUGUACGGUUUGGAAAUGAGAGUUUUCAGCCAUAUUAUUAAGGAAGAGAAAGAUGAGGCAGUGUAAAGUGCCAAAAUAUAAACUAAACUGUUUUUUUUCUCCCUUGUGAGUGCAUUUGAGAUAUGACCAUGGGUUAUCCUUAGUAUAUAAUGUAAGGAUUUUUAUUGGUGGAUCCAGAUGGGUCAUAUUUGUAAUGUUGAUAGUGUUUACAGCAGCAUUUUGUGAAGGGCCUAGUAUUCUCACAUAGAAAAUACUGUACAAAUGUCCUACCAGAUAAUAGGAUUGAUAUGUACUUUAAAGAAGAUAAGGUUAUUUUGUACUUUUGUACAAAAAACAUUUAUAGACUGAACAAUAUUGCAUAUUAUUGCUUUUUAAAUGAAUUAAUCUGUUGAUAUGAGCCCUCUCAGACAGUACAAUAUACAUUAUGUCUUCACAAAACACAGAACCCCUGUCCAAAUAACGCUCAUCUCUGGACAAUAUAUAUAAAAAGUUGUUUUGAGGAGGGUUAUCCUAAUCUCACAUUCACCACUAUAUAUUCCAUUUGAGACCCUGUGAUUGGUUAACCACUUGAUUAUGUGGCUGAAUUGACUCGCUGGGUUGAUUUGACCUAUCACUUUGAUGCAUCACCUUUAUACCCUCUCCUGAUUGACUAAUGGCCAUGGCGUGUGUCCAUCCCACCGAGGAGUUGCUUGUUAGGAUCACUAGUGUACGGUGCAUGUCUCAUGACUGAUGACCAUUCAGUCAUAACACCACGGAGAUCAAUACUGUCCUGUUGAUAGUGGCCACACAGAAAGCCAUCAUUUUACACACAAUCAGUCGGUUUCAAGGGCCCAGCUGUCUGUGUGUGACAAUGGACCACAAGAUAGGAACAGCACGGAGAGUUUUUACUGAUGUCAAUCAGUUGACUUUGUUCUAGGUCAAUUGAAGGGCUUUUUGCUGCCCCAAAAUCUUGCCCUGAAACCAGAAAAAGCUCUUGGGACUUUAGUAAACACAUUUGUUUUCUCUGAAUGCCACAUAACAUAGUAUGAAAUCAAAAGCACUCCAGCAGCAGUUCACAUUUUAUUGG